UUCUUUUCUUGAAGCACCCAGUCAUAAGUGUGGUCUUCACUAGAUACACAUUGGUUGUGAUUUAGUUAUUUCGAUUAUUUAUAACAACAAUUCUAUCUCCUUCUCUACUCUACCAUGGCGAAUCUUACCUUAGAACUCAACAUCUACUCAGCAAAGGAUCUUGAAAAUGUCAACCUUAUCACCAAGAUGGACGUAUACGCCGUCGCUUCGAUCAUCGGCCACGAUUUCCAGAUUCACAAGGAGAGAACAGCCGUCGACAGAACCGGAGGAUCCGAGCCUACAUGGGAUCACGCCGUCAAGUUUUCCCUCGAUCAAAGGCUAGCCCGUGAAGGCCGUUUGACCCUCGUCGUCAAAUUGGUCUGCGAUCGGAUCUUGGGCAGCAAAGAUGUCGGAGAAGUCCAAGUCCCGGUUCUCGAGCUUCUCAUUUCGUCGCCGUCAUUUAACGGUGACGGCCAGGGGACGAGGAUGAGAUUCGUGACGUAUCAGGUGAGUACUCCGUGUGGUAAAGGUAAAGGCUCGUUGACUUUCUCGUACCGGUUCGAUACGAUGUCGUGUAACCCGGAUGUACCGGUAUCACCGGUUCAACCGAUUCGGAUUGGUACAUCGUAUAGUUUCCCGUCGACAAACUAUCUUCCGGCGUCUGUUGUAUACCCACCGUGGUCUCAGUCGCAAGAGUAUUCGGCACCGUCGUACCCGCACCAGCCGGUCACUGGUUAUCCGCCGCCGCAUCAUCACUAUGAUCAAGGCAUUAUGUAUCCGCCACCGCCUUCGUACCACCAAUUACAACAGUCACAGUCGUUUCAUGGUUAUCCCACGUCGUCUUCCGGAUACGCUCACGGUAGUCCUCCGAGGCCGAGGAAAAAUAAGAAAGGAGUUGGGCUUGGAACGAGAGCUUUGCUUUUGGGAGGAGCAUUGGGUGGGCUUUUACUCGAAAAUUUAGUGUCUGAUAUUGGCUUUGAUCUUCAAAACUUUUAACUGUGAGAACUGAUCAUGUUCUUUUUCAUAUGGUACUUGUCUUUGUGAUUUGAAUGAGCCAUCAGCAUUUAUGGUUCAUGUUGUGGUUGGUCUUACAUUUUGUCUGCAGUUAUUGUGACGGUCAUGAACUUUUUUUUUUUUUUGUAAAAAGACUUUUUCAUUAAAAUUAAAACAAAGUACAAGAUGUAAGGUGUGAUUUGUUA